AUGGACCAACACACAUUCCGUCGUCGAGGGCUCGGCCUCCGCGGUGUUGACGACCGUGUCUCCCCAGGCUACGUGCUAUAUGCACCCUUGACUUCGAAUACCGCCCAUUUGAUCUCAACAACAGGCAUGGAAGUCCAUCGCUGGACGUUACCCCAUCGCGCAGGCCGCCACGCCCGCAUUCUGCCAGACGGCAAUCUGGCCUACAAUGCCGCGCACCCUGAAGCACCUGCCCUAUUUCCAAUGUGGGCCAAGUACCGCGGCGGCAUAAUGAUGCAAGUCAGUCCCGGGGGCGAGAUUCUGCGCCAAUACUCUGAUCCUCUGGCGCACCAUGACCAGAACCAUCUUGAUGAUGGGACACUGCUAUACACAACGCUGGAACCACUCAGUGCCGAAGAAGCAGCGACAGUGCAAGGCGGUAUUGAAGGGAGUGAGGCGGAUGAUGUUAUCUACGGCGACUGCAUCAAGCUAGUUAACCCUUGGUCAUCGAGCAAUAUCUCUUCGUCAGCUGAUUUCGAAGUCGAGGGGAAGGGUGCUCAGCUGCUUUGGUCGUGGCGAGCAAUCGAUCACCUUGAUCCGGCUGCUUUUGCUGCUCAUCCUCAUUACCCGCGCGAACAUUGGCCGCUUAUCAAUAGUGUGUCUUUCGACUCUGACGGAAAUAUCAUUGCCUCGUCGCGGAAUGCGUCGAGUGUUUUUGUAAUCAGUCGUGCGACGGGAGAAGUGCUGUGGCAUCUUCCUGCGCCGACGGUUAGUCAACAGCACUGUGCACAUCAGAUCAAUGAAAGUGGUGACAUGCUUAUCUUUGACAACGGGGUAUUCCGUCCUGGUGUGUCUGUGCCAUUUUCACGAGCAAUCAUUGUAUCGAAAGAGAAAGUUGUCAAAUGGGAGUACAAAGAUCCAUCAACUGGUGGGCUUGGAUUCUUUACUCCAUUCAUGGGAUCUGCGCAGAAAUUGCACGGUGGGAAUGUAUUGCUCUGCGAGGCCGCCGAUGGGAGGAUCAUUGAGGUCACGGAGGGAGGUGAGAUUGUGUGGGAGUUUGUCGUUCCCCAGCUUGGAGACUAUAAGGCUGUAUUGGGAAGCAAAGAGUUGGAGGAGAUGGAGAGGAUCGGCUUUGAUUACUCGAGUAACGCUAUUUUCAGGGCUUACAAGUAUACACCUGAUGAGCUGCCUUGGUUGAAGGAGGGUUGGUUGUCUAAUUGGUUGUGA